CAGAAAGCACUACACACAACAAACCAAGGAAGACGAAAACCCCAAAAAAUGUUCGAUUUUACAGUUAAAUACGAUGAAGCGGAGAAAAUUUGGCAUGGAGCUAAAAGAAAUCAAAUGUUUAAUGAAAAUGUUUCGGUGGGCGAAAUAGCUCUCUUCAUGAUGCGCAGUAAAAAUCCCCAAGAAAUCUGUCAAAUCAGUGAUUCUGAAAAUAUAACAUUAACAUAUGGUCAAGCCUUAACUACGGCGAUACGUCUAGCUCAGCAUUUUAAAAGAAUGCAGCUUACAGUGGACGAUGUUAUUGGUAUAUUAGCACCCAAUACCACCUACGUAAUGCCAGUUGUUAUGGCUGCCUGGUUUAAUGGAAAUGCAUUUCAUGCUGUUAAUCAUGUUUUGGAAAAAGAUGUGGUUAAACGUUUGUUUGAUAUUACGCAACCCAAAAUUAUAUUUUGCCAUGGUAUACACUAUGAUAAAGUCAAAGAGGCCACACAAAGGUUUAAGCCAAUUAUUUAUACAAUACAGAAUCAUUUGAGUGACGUUAAGAAGAUUGAGGAUUUAUUGGAACCUACCGCAACAGAGCAGUUCUAUCGAGCUGAACCUUUAAAAUAUGGUCCUAAUCAAACUGUGGCCGUUUGCUGUUCUUCCGGAACAACCGGUUUACCUAAAGGUGUUUGCUUAUCGAAUAGACUCUUUUCCACCGAAUUUUGUUUUAGUGUUACAAAUGGUUCCAGCAUCAUGUUUUCCUUUGCUGAAAUAGAUUGGGGUACUGGACUAUUCAAUCUGAUCUGUAAUAUACUAGUAGGCGGUAUAAGGAUUAUAACUACAAAACCCUUUUCACCACAAUAUAUGCUGCAAGUAAUACAAAAAUAUAAAGUGAAUUUUCUCAUGACCUGUCCCUCACAAAUGGUUCAAGUCUCCCUAUUGCCGGGCUAUACCCAAAAAGCCAUGUCCAGUAUACAGUUGAUAUUUAUGACAGGUUCCGCCUGUUCCGAAGCCACACAAAAACGUAUACGUUCAGUUCUAACUACAGGUUACUUAUUAAAUAUCUACGGCACUACAGAAUCGGGUGGUAUAGCAUGUAAUUUCAGCGACUAUAAACCACAAUCGGUGGGUAAAAUUGUACCCAAUAUACAAAUGAAAAUUGUAGAUCAAUUUACCGGUGAACGUUUGGGUGUCAACGAAUUGGGUGAAAUAUGUGUAAGUUCGAUUAACAAAUGGUUGGGCUAUUACAAUAAUCCCGAGGCUACUAAGCAAAUUGUCGAUUCCGAAGGUUUUACACACACUGGCGAUUUGGGUUAUAUUGAUGAAGAACAUUAUCUCUAUUUAGUGGAGCGCUGCAAGGAUGUCAUGAAAUAUGAAUAUUUCCAUUAUUCACCUCACGAAAUCGAAGAGAUUGUCAUGACCAUACCCGGUGUUAUUGAUGUUUGUGUUUUUGGUGUUUUUGACGAAGAGAAAAACGAUAUACCUGCUGCAGCGGUCGUCAAGCAUGCGGAGAGCAGGUUGAAAGAGAAAGAUAUAGUGAAAUUUGUGGAGAGUAAAACCGAGGCACGUUACAAGAGGUUGCACUAUGGUGUGUACUUUUUGGAGGAAAUUCCUUAUAAUAAGAAUGGCAAAGUUUUGCGGCAUUUGGUAAAAGAUAUUUGUUUAGCUAACCGAAAGAUCGAAAUUGGAAAUGUUUAAAAUUAUUGUUCUAAUAGUUAUAAGAAAUGAGUUCUUUUAUAUGAAAAUAAUUUAAAAUAGACGCAGAUUAUAGAUGUAAUUAAAUAAAUUUGUCAUUUCGA